AUGAGGCAUAGAUACACUAACUUCAUUUCAUUGGGAAGAUCAUUUCCAGCCAAAAUCUUUUUUAUUAAUUCUGUGAGAAUUAUUUCCAAUUUUUUACCAUUAUAUUUAAGGAGUUCCAGUGUAUUCUACCAGGUCCUGGAGCUUUUCGGUUCUUACCAGCUUUUAGGGCUUCUUUUAAAUCUUCAGUGGAUAUUUGCCAUGUUGUGUCUUUGUGAUGGUGUACAUUUAAAAAAAAAUUUGUAUAUGAACUGGCCUUUGAUAUUAAAUGUCACGGUAAGGGUGAAGAUUUUCCAUGAUAACUCACAUUUUGUAGAAGAACUUAUUAAAACAUUCUCAGUCGAAUAA